AUGCCUGAACGGCUCUCCUCACCAAAUGAACCACUUGAUACAGGCACCACCACCAGGUACUACGAUGCGGAGCCAACUUCUCCGUAUAGCCAAAUGGCCAUUCUACCAGAAGAAAAGGAGUUGAUUCAGCAAAUUGCCCGUCGUGUGCCCGUCCUACCAAUCAUUGCCAGGGCGGAUGAGCUGACGGAGAGCCGCCUGGAAGCUAUCCAGGAGUGCGUGAAGAGGGAACUUCAAGGAAGCACGGAAGCAUUACUCAAGACUCUACUGGAGGAUUCGCGCACGCGUAGCUCGGCCGACGAACCCAUGAUGGAAUCAGCUCCACGACAACAAGAUAGGAUAGCUCCAGCAAUUAUGUUACCAGAAUCGUACCAUCAUGGAGAUGGGGCUGGUCGAGCCACCACUAGACCCUCAAAGGAAGCAUAUGCGGAGAGAUUUCGCGCGGAAGUGGGCGAGGGGUGGCCCCUGGAUGAAAACUCGAUUCAGGAUAGCCGGAAGGACCUCGUUCGGUCGUAUCGCUGGGGUACAAUAAACGUCUUGGACGCGAAGUGCUCAGACUUUCUGCCACUCCGAACCGUCUUGUUGCAUCCAAGAAUCCGAGAACUGCGUGACCUUGUCAUGGAACGAUAUCUGCCAGUAUAUCUCGCCGACAUACAAGCCCCACCAUCAAAGGAGACAACUGUUCCACGGCAUCGCCAGGAGCCAUCUUCUGGCUCAUCGUUUGCUGCACCGUAUUCACCUCUAUCCUUGGCCCAUACGCCUGGAUUGCCACCUUCUCCAACGGCACCAUUCCCUCAGCCCAGAUCUCGUUCAUCGCUCACCUCGCACACUACGGGCCCUACUCGUGGUACGCAUCAAGAAGAGCCCGCACCAGUCGUCUCUCCGGCACUCGUCACACCUUCUGCUCGUUCUUAUCCAUCGCGUGGCAGUAUCCAGUUCGCGGUCCCAUACUCGUACAAGCCCUCGGCACCUUUGCCACCAGGACAGGCUUCAUCCUCAUCUAGUGGGUUUGUCGGCGGACCACCAGUUACCACACCCUCGGUUCCAAUCAGAUGGGCGGAUCAGACUACACCCUUGGGUCGAAGGGGGAGUGGGAAGAAGUUAUAUGUUUCAGGUGCAUCGUCUCCCGUCCUCACUGCGCCAGCGCCCAUGCAGAGUACUUCGAAUCCAGUCUAUCAAGCAAGAUUGACAGCCAAAUCUCUGAUGGGGAACCCAGAAGCCACUCUUGAACAGUCAGCUUCUUCAGGUACAUCAGCACUCACUACUGGAGUACCCAACGUUGCCCCACAGACUGGUUCAAUUUACCCGGCAAAGUCACGGACAGGUCGCAAGAUCGCCGUGGCAUCACGCAAGCUUAAAUGCGAUGGUGUCCGGCCGGUGUGUGGACAAUGCAGUCGACGUGGCGUUCCAUGUGCAUAUGAAAUGACUGUGAAGAAGCGAGGAAUGGGGAAGAUGACGCUCGCGGCUACAGCCGUUGAAGCUGCCGAUAGCGGCGACGGGAGCGGUGUAACACCCCCGACAUCAAGCAUACCCCCCGCUUCUGCUGCGGAGACAACGCGAGUUCUUCCCAGUGGCUCGAAGCAAAUACAGUGGCGCAUAGACGUGCGUGGAUCCGAUCCUUCGACUCUCACUUCUGUGGGCAACGUCGGCCCUGCUCUGCCAGGAGGUACCACUGAAAGCACGCAACCUCAGUCGCCGCUAGCAGCUGAUCUUCAAGCGGUACUGCUCUCCGAGAUUCCCUCUCGAGGGUAUGCGUGUCAAUUCUGCCGCGCGCGGAAGACGCGAUGCGAUGGUACGCUUCCCAAAUGCUCUAAUUGCGCAAAGAGGGGUCAAGCUUGCGUCUACCCGCCUUCGUAUUUCCACGCUGCGUCGGCGUCUGGUGAACAUAUCGCCUUUACUUCUUCAUCUGGAUCAAGUGAUCAGCAAAAACCGCCGACAGAUCCUCUGCAAUCCUCUGGGUCGGCAGCGACAGCGGUGUCCAAUCCGACGCCUCGUUUAGGCACAAGUGGGGUUUCGUUGCCUCCCCUUAGUUCACUUCCCUUGGAUCAGCCGCUUCGGGAACGAUCUUCGUCCUCCCAGUCGACUUCAACGUCGUAUUGGCCUGGCCGAGCUGGAAAUGUAUCUGGCACGCUCUUGCCCUCCCGACAGCCUCCGCUUUCUCCCUUGAGCACGUCGCGUCCAUUCCCGUCAUAUGGAAGGUCGACUGAUCGAGGUCCAGACUCGCGAAUGGCUACUUCCAGCUCUCGAACGAGUACAUUGUCUCGACCUCCGCUCCUCAUCUCGACGUCACCUACCGCCCCUGCUCUACCUCCGAGUGGUUCGAAUAUCUCGCCUUUGACACUUAGUCAGAGCACACCUUUUGCGAUCCCAUUCCCCCGCCGUGACUCUGGCGAGCAGCAAGGGCCUAUAGGGUUGAUGAGAAGGCCAAGCACAGCUGAAUCCGCGAGCCAAAGCUACACGUGGCGGGAUCGUAGCUCGGUGAGCUCGUCAUCUACACGCGGUGGAGGACCGUAUGGAAUGGGUGGAGAAAGAAAACGCAAGGCCAGCGGUUCAGAGGGUGGUCAGGACAAGGAAGACGAGGAGGAUGCCUCGGCUCCCUCGCCCCCAAAGCGAAGGAGAAUCUCUGGUGAUGAGCCUUCUUUGAUAGGAGAAAGAAGAUCGUCCAACGAUGAAACCAGGAAAUAG